CCCACACCCACCCACACCCACACCCACACCCACACCCACACCCACACCCACACCCACCCUAAACCCCAUUUUCGACGAGUUGUCAUUUGAUAUAAAAUUCAUUAUUUGCUCUAUUUAAAAUUAUAGUGUUAUCCUUGUGGAAUAAUAUUUUUUUCAACCUAGUACUUAUAAUUCUACGACUUUUACGAUUCGAAAAAGAUAUGUGGAGAAAGUAAAACGCUUAUAAAUUCUUUCAACUAUGAGUUAUAUCACACUGGUCAGUUUUUGCUGUAGAUCUUGGUCAAAAUGUUUGAAAGAAAAAUUGUAAAUUAACUGAUGGUUUUGGAGCGGAUGUGGAUGUGAGUCUACACGCUGACGGUGUGGGGCUAAAGUGUAUCGUAUGUGCUGGUUAAGAAUGCUUGUAGCUGUGGUUGUGCAUGAAUGUCCAUAUGUAAUCCACCAAAAUUUACAUCUGCUUCCGCUUCUUGAAUCAUGCCUAUACACAUCCCACGCACGAAUUCACACUACUUCAGUCCUCAGCUAACACCCACAUCCACCCGUAGGCAAACCCAUACCUACACAUAUCCACGUGCACAGCCCUAAACUUGUUUAGCUCUUUUGUACUCUACUCAGUGUUUAGUGCUCCUGUAUUUUAGAACUUUCUAUGUUUGUCUUAGUUCUGACAAAGCAUAGAUCAUUAUAACUGGUUUAGUAGAGAAACUGAAACCUCUUGAUUUUAUUGAUUACUCAAUCAAUGGAACGGAAGUUAAUUGGAAUUAUAUCAUUCGUUUUUGUAAAUAUUCUUAUUGGUUUAUAUCAUUUUCAAAUAAAAUCUGUAUCAAAGAGCGUUUUUUUUUCAAAUCAUACAUUCUUUUCAACAAGUUCACAGUAUCCAAAAAUAUCAUGUAUCGUAUACGUAAAAGAUCGUGACGGUCGUCUUGGUAAUCGAAUGUUUAUGAUUGCUAGCGCUUACGGUCUGUCUCGCCUACACUCUUGUCAUUUAUAUUUGACACCAAAAAUCAUCGAUGAAAUGAAAGAAAUUUUCAUUUUAGAUCUUUCUCCUUUUCUUAUUUCGUCAACCAUGUUCAACUCAAUUACGCACAAUAUUUCGAAAUCAAUGCCUAUAAUAAUUAAGAAUGUUGGCUGCCAAUACAUUCCUGAACUGACACGUCCAGAUGCAAUUUUAUCGGGAUGUAUUUUCGAAUUGCAAGGUUUUUGGCAAUCAUAUCUUCAUUUUUCCAAAUAUAACAAUGAUAUUCGAGAACGAAUCUUUGCCGCAAAAAAAUCUGUACUUGAAAAAGUCUCGAAAUUAUUCGUUGAUAUUUAUCAAAAAAAGUUUGGCUUGAAACAUUGGUUUUUAUUAGAAAAUCAUCAGUCAUUCAAAAGCCAAUUAGUGCAUUUAAACUUGACAACAUGGAUUGGUAUUCAUGUACGGCGUUCAGACUUUGUUUCCUUGUAUUUUUCUUCGUCAGAUGAAUAUUUAUUCACUGCUAUUGAAUAUUACACUUCACAUUAUUCAAAUGUUCAUUUUAUAGUCUCUAGUGAUGAUAAACCUUAUUGUGAAAAUCUGUUUCGUAAUCGAUCAAAUAUUUCCAUUACACCACAAUCAUUUUCCAUGGGUGAUGAUCUAAUAACACUUUCACUCUGUGAACAUUCAAUCAUUACAGGUGGAACAUUUGGAUGGUGGUCCGGUUAUCUUGCUAAUGGUCAAGUUCUCCAUGAUAAGAUAUAUCCAUCUGGAUGCGAAAGACGCGAGCACUACUAUCCACCAUGGUAUCUCAUAGAUGGGAAAGUACGAGCAUAUAAAAACAGUAACUAUACUCUAUGA